AUGGCCGCCGCAUACGCCCGUGAGCGUCACAUCGCCGAGCUCGCAGUCCUCAGAGCCUCCAUCCUCACCAAAAAGGUGCUCUCCUCCGUCAGCGGCAUCUCAAAGGCCGACGCCUCGCCCGUCACCGUCGCAGACUUUGCCGCCCAGGCUAUCCUCAUCAGCGCCUUGACCAAGGCCUUCCCCGGUGACACCUUUGUCGGCGAGGAGGACUCUGCUGCCCUGCGGAGCGAUGCUGCGCUGAGGGAUCGCGUGUAUGAGCUUGCCUCUGGGGCGCAUCUGGAGAGCGAGGAGGAUGAGGCGCUGUUGGCGAGCCCGGCUUCGGUGGAUGAGAUGCUUGAUUUGAUUGAUCUUGGAGGUCGUGGUCAAGGAGGAAGGACUGGACGCUUCUGGGUCAUGGAUCCUGUUGAUGGUACAGCAACCUUUCUGCGAGGUGAGCAGUACGCCGUUUCUCUGGCCCUGAUCGAGGACGGCCGAGAAGUCGUCGGCGUGCUGGGCUGCCCCAACCUCAAGCCCGUAGAUGGUGUUCUCGCAGAGACAACUGUCGACAAGGAAGGACUUGGUCUCAUGCUCUCAGCUGUCCGAGGCCAGGGCGCAACAAUCCGCACCAUGAACUUCAGCGGCCUCGAAGAAGCCCGCCCACUUGAGGGUCUCGACAAGGCCUCGAGUCUUUCAGACGCCAGAAUCGUCGACUGCUCCUCGAGCAAGACAUCCCGUCACGACUUGAUCGCCAAGCUCGCCGCCUCGUUUGGAGCAGUGUACCCCAACACCGAGGUGUGGUCGUCGCACAUCCGGUACGCCGCCCUGGCCGUCGGCGGAGGCGACUUCCAGCUCCGAGUUCCAUCAUCCCUGGACGUCCGAAUGUGGAUCUGGGACCACGCCGGCGCCCAGCUCGUCUUGACCGAGGCUGGCGGCAAGGUAACGGACCUGGACGGCAAGACCAUUGACUUUGGAGCCGGAAGAGACUUGAAUCAGAACCGGGGACUGCUUGCUGCUAGGGGAGGUGUUCACGCUACAGUCCAGGAGACAUUGGCCAAGAUCAUGGCAGAGGAUGAGGCCUCGCGUUAG